CUCGUCUCUUUCUUCUCCACCAUCAACAUCUGAGCAGAGUUUGCUGCAAUCUGCGUCUGUUCCACAGAAGCAUUUGAGCAGCGGAAUGGUACCUACUCCAAAGAAGCGAAAGGCAUUGGUACUGCAGAUGCUACCGAGAAACAGAACCUGGGACUGUGAAUAUGACAUAUAUAGCCACUUGCAAGAGAAGAAUAGGGUCCUCAAAUGUGGAACUAAAAAGUUCGACUACUUCAAUACCCUUUUGCAGUGCUUCAUUGUGGAGGAUCCUAAGGGUGACCCAGAAUUGGUACAGUUCAUGGAUAGUUUGCACAGCAUUGUAAAGUCUCAGAUGCUUCAUCAUCUUGAGCACUCUAACAUAGAGAACACCGCUGAGGAAAAGGGUGUGAUAGUGGAUCCCCAGCAUAAGUAUUUCAUGGAUCAUGUGAGGCCUCAUGGAAAAUCUUAUGUACUAGAUAUCCCUGAGGAUGGUGUUUGUGUAAAGUAUGAACCUGAAUCAUCAUUAAGUCCUGAGAGGAUGAAAAACCAAUCUAUCUGCUCAGAAAUAUUGGUGAUUAAAGAUAGUGAUGAUGAUGAUGAUGCAGCAUGUCAAAUUGUGGAACAUUGUUGGCAAGAGCAUCAUAAAGGCAAGGAAACUACACUUUUCAAAGAAAAACUAAUGGAAGAACUUAAGGCUCCUUUCUGUGAGGAAGAGUACACGAGGCUUCUACACAACAUUACUGUUCGAAAGCCAGUCCAACGCCACAGAGAAUUGCGUGGAGGUUUCAAAAUCUAUGAUGAAUCUCGUAUUGGAAAGUCUUAUCUUGAUUGUAAUGUUGAUCUUGCUGAGAAAAUAAAAGCAGCUCAUGGUGAUCAUCCCAGAGUUCUGAAUCUCUUGCGUGGAUUUUUCUAUUGGUUGAAAAAUUUGUCACAUGAAGGGGCAUUCUUGCCAUGGAAAGAUCCAUCGUGGUUGGAUGUACUGCCACAACAGUUGGAAGGAUAAUUUACUUUUUCGUUUAUUUGUGUUUAACUUUUUGUUUUGAGUGAUGCAGUUAAUUCAAACUUCACAGAACAGAGAGGCCAUGAAGGAAGCAAGUUUGUGUUUUUGAACUUUAUUUUGUCUUAUAUACAUAAUGAUGAUAUAGCAUUGGAAGAUGUAUUAUUAUUCA